AUGCUCACGCCAUCCUCCAGUACAGACGACCUCGAUGUCGCUCUGCUCGAAGGUCUCGAACGUCAUGAGCUCGAACAGCUUUUGAUCGAGGCAAGCCGCAAGAUGCGCGAGAGGGAACAUAAACUCGUCGUCGCUGCCAACAUUGGCAAGGCACUACUUGAAAAGAAUCUAUCCCUCCGCAGCGGCAUCAUGACCAGCAUGGAAUCCAGCUCCAAUCUCUUUGGUCUCUCUGACAUCGAGGCCAUGAUCCACGACUUCGCUUCGACCCAGAACACCGACGCCGCACACAUGCUCCGAUUUGGCGAUGCUCGCACACAAACAGGACCCUCGUCGCCUCAACCCAUGAACUCGCCUCCCACCACCGACAUUGACAUCAACUCACAGUGCGAGAACUCGCCAGAACGGCCUGGAUCCGACAUUACGCCUCUCGCUCGUCCCGUCUCGCUGCCCGACACGGAUGAUGAUUACUUCAGCAGACCGGCGGACAGCACAGCGACGCAGAACGUCAGUGCCUUGGCAGCAGGCACCAGCUCUUUAGCUGCUGAUGGAUCCAUGUGGGUGGCAAGCGAUGCUGGCCUGAUCGUGUCGCAGCCAUGCUCGCCCAGCGCAUCUGUCUCCAGCUAUGCUUCUCAUGCUCUCUUUUCACCCUCAGCCGGCACAUCUCGCAUCGUCUCGAAACGCGACACUGCAGGCAGUCGACAUCGAUCUCGUCCGUCGCUCUUGCAAAUGCAAGCUUUGGAGGCACAACGACAGCUCGCCGCCCUCGGAGAACAGAACGACGUCCUUCAUCAGCAGAUCUCGGAGCUUCAGCACGAAGCCGAGAGCGCUCGAUUCGAAGGCAGCAAAAAGCUCAGCCGUCUCAACAAGGAACUUCGCGGCCUCAAAGCCGAGCUCGAAGCGGCCACGACCCGCAACGUCGAGCUCGAGAGUAGUCACCUUUCGGCACGAUAUACUCCGGCGCCGCGAUCUCCUAUGCGAGACUUUGUGGCGCGUGGUCAUUCAGAUUCUCCGUCAUCCCGGCUCGUCGUAUCGAGGGUCCGGUCUGGUGAAGGUGGGUCAUCGUCAGACUCAAUCCGGAACGCCUUGUCGAAGGACCAGCCAACGUCGGAUCAUCCCGGUCUAAUCCCGUCCACGUCGAACCUCGAGGAUCUGGUCCGCUCAGUACACGCCGCAGAUGGCGAGAGCGCGCUCCUGGCCCAGUUGCUAGCCAAGAUCAAAGAGCUCGAGGAGACAAACUCGGCCAUGGCAAAAGCCGAAGAAGAUUUCGGCAGUAGAAUGGGUCGGGCAAUGCAGGAGGACGAGCGUCUUCGCGAUGCUCUCACCACUGUUGGCCAGGACCUUGGGAUUGCGGCGACAUCAUCCACCACGGCGAGCCCAGAAAAGGGACUUCACAAUGUGGGCGUCUCUCAGCCGCCCCCCGAUCGACCCAGCUUCAUCACGCCCUCCCACUCGCUUCGAUCUCUCGGCUCUCUGAUUUUGGACGAUGUUUCCAGCCUUGCAUCUCCUGUCUCUCCGACACAAAAGCGAAGGGCGCCCGGCAAUCGCCAUGUCAUCGAGCAUCGCAAGACUGUGCGCAAAGCACUGCGGCGGGCUCAAAAGGAAAUCGCUGCUGACGUCUGGGGUCUCAACAGCGAUCCCGCACCUCCUUCUACCGAAGACAUGUCGCGGUCUUCUACUGAGCAGUCCUUGGGAACAUACUCGAUCGACCUCAGUGCCAGCGACAGCAUGUCUUCGUCGCCGCGGGCAAAGGGUAUGUUCCGAAUAGCUUCGUCCCACUCGAUCGGCCUCAACGCACCACGAAGGCCUCGCAUUCGCAUCACUCCCUCGAUUGAGGACCUGCGUGCCCGCAAAGGCAUGUUCGAGGAGGUCAUAGACGGACCACAGCCUGACACCGCUACCGCUGGAGACUGGCAGGAUGUCGACAGUCCCAUCCGAUCUGGCUUUCAGCCAAAUGGAUCUCUCAGCCCCGCCGACGCAAUGCAAACCUACUCUGCGCGCUUGCGGGUCCAGCCCCGAGGCAGAUCGGCACAACAAGAGAGCCCGACCCGCAAUUCCCUCACGAGCAAAGCUGUGCCUCAGUCCAGCGGCAGUGCAAUGCUGGUACUGUCACCCUCUCAGCAAAUGUCUUUCCGUCCCACCGCACGCGUUCGCAGGUCGAGGUCAAGAUCGCAAUCCUUCGGCUCUGAAGCUAAUUUCGGACAGCAGGCGCCCUCUGUGCAGCAAACUCCGGAUCCCUUCAUGAGCCCGUCCCCAGCUUGGCACCGACCUGGCUUAAGUCGCAGUCCCACUUCGGUCUCUUCCCAGCGCGGUCGGACGCUAGGCAGCGAGCUUGGCAGCAUCUUCGGUGGCGAUGAUCGGAAGCACGACUUCGACGACGACCUUCCGCAAUCGCGCAGGCUGACCGCCACUGACAAUGCAGGAUUGGCAGACCGUUCUCAGUCACUUGUCUUGGCUUUCCCUGGAGAUGUGACAGCCCUCGCACCACGGUCGAAGUCAUGCUCGCGGAUCGAGUCCGAUCGACCCACUGCACACGUGGGUCGAUUGGUGCCCCGAUGCGACGAAGAGCACGAGGACGAUCUGGAAUGCGUCCUGACCCAAUCUGCCUAUGGUCAGAUUGAAGAGGCUUUCCUCGACGAGUCUCUCGUCCACCCUCGCGAUGCGGCGCUGUUUGCCCGCGUCGAGGACGAGGAGCAGGGUGCUUGGCUGGCCGAUCAGCCAAUCAUCGAGACUGGCGGCUUGCAAGACGAAGAUGAACCUCGAAGCUCGCAAUUCGACCUCAUCAAUGCCGUUGUCGAGCAUCAAGCCGUUGCGUGGGCGGAUGAUGACGACUAUGGACGCAAUAUUACCCAGCGUGAAGCUGCCAAGCUCGGUCUCUUGGCAAGGUCAGCUCUGCUACAAGCAGGUCGAGGCGCUCGAUUGCUCACUGGCGCCACGAGGAAUAGCAACUCGGCCUUUGGCACGAUGACGAAAGCGCACGAGCAGCGACAAGGCGCCGAGAAGCCCCCGCCGGCGCGUUUCGAGAUCGAAUCAGCCGAGCAGGUCGAGCAUCGGCUGCGCAUCGAGGCGUUGCUGCGCAGGCGAAGGCAACAGUUGCUGCGAGAGCGUGGGUACCCCGAGCAGUGGGAGCCUGCUCGGAAGGAGGAAGACGAGCUGGUUGCUAUGUACGCUCCAAGCCCACAGCGUCUGCAAGAGAGGAGGAUGCAAGCUCUUGUGGGUGGCCGAGGCAGCUCAACCGCAACUUCACCUGGCGACGCAUCUCCCUCUCAACGCGACCCUCGCCGAUCCACUCAGCAGUGGGUGCGUGAGCUCGCAUGCGUUUCUCCGACCGUCAAGAAGAGAAGCGGCGGCGUCCGGGAUCAGAAUCUCGACCUGACGACUCUCGACGAUGUCCGGCCCGAGGAGGCCGAAUUCGAGCUGCUCGACUGCCCAACCUGGAAGAAGCAGGGCGGACGUGGGACCGACUACUUCCCCACCUCGUUCCGCGCGCGCUACCGCCCGACCAUGGUCAAGCAGAGGGUGGCGCACGUGUCGCAGCUCACCUACGGCUGGGUCGAGGAGUGGAUCCAGUUCGCAUUUGUCGUCUUCCUCGCCUUUGUUGUUAUGAUCGAGCAAGGGCCGAAUCGCAACGCGCGCCGGGGCAAAGCCGGUGCUGCCCCACAGCGUAUCAUGAACUAG